CCACCGGUUCCGAACGGUCUUAUUUUUUUGGGCACUGCCUUUUAGUAUUUUUCAAACUACACUGUUGCACACUGAUCAGCGAAUUUAAUGGAUCUAUUGCAGUCUGCAAGCUUAAUUGCUCUGAACUGCAUCUACAGCGAGUUAUAACUGUCUCUCUCUCUCUCUCUCUCUCCUCAGGUUGAUCGUCUGAUCCACUUACUGUUCGUACCGUGUCGUUCUUAUGUCAUUUCGGAAAAGUUUCGGAAGGCUCACCCUUUCGACCUCCGAUCGGGUGCUGUUUUUCUCAGCGGAGUGGAUCGAUUUCACAACCUAUCUUCUCCAAUCUAGGGUUUCUCUCCGUCAAUGGAGAUGUCUGAGAGAUAGCUUUUCUUCAGCUGCAGCAUUUCGAGAGAGAUUCCGAUGAGAUGAGACGGGAUUGAUCGUGGUUUCCGUUCUGUUUGUCAAAAAUUUGUUUCCUUUGUUGGCCUUGUUUCUUUUGACGUUUGAGUUGUUUGGUGGAUUGAUCUUAUUUUAUUGCUAUGAAUCCUUUGUGCUGCAUUGCGCCGGUUUCGAUCGAUCGAGACCGGAGUAACCCAGGGGUAGCAAAAUCUGCAAUAGGGUACGACAACUCUGUUAGAAGUGUUGGAUUUGGUUCGAACAAGCAGAGUUUUUCAACUCAAGUCUCGUCCGUGGGUGCUGAUUCGGACUGUAGAGUGUCUGCUGCUUCUGCUGCCUCUGCUGCAGCGAAUCAUGAGCUAGAAGAUGCGAUUGUGGAAACCAGAGAUUCCAAGGGCUGUUGCGCUAAUGGUGCUGUGAAUGGAAGUGUAGCUGGAAUUCUUUAUAAGUGGGUGAAUUACGGCAAAGGAUGGAGGUCUAGGUGGUUCGUGCUCGAGGACGGGGUUCUUUCUUAUUAUAAGGUCCAUGGGCCGGACAAGAUUUUGAUGAGUCCUGCAAGAGAAAAGGGUGUUAAGGUGAUCGGAGAGGAUUCAUUAAGGUAUAUGAGAAAGGCCAGUUGUAGCAAUGGCUUACGCGGGUCUACCAAGCGGUGGAAACCAUUCGGAGAGAUACAUUUGAAGGUUUCAUCAAUUCGUGCAAGCAAGUCAGAUGAUAAGAGACUCUCCAUAUUCACGGGCACUAAGACCCUCCAUUUGCGAUGUUUGUCAAGAGAAGACAGGGCAGCAUGGGUUGAGGCAUUGCUGUCUGCUAAAGAUCUUUUCCCAAGGAUGCUCUCGAGCAGUGAUUUUGCACCCAUGGAUGACAUUGUGAUAUCUACUGACAAGCUACGAUCGCGAUUACAACAGGAAGGACUGAGUGAAGUGGUCAUCAAAGACUGUGAAUCUAUUAUGCUCUUGGAAGUCUCUGAGCUGCAAAACCAGUUGAAAGCUCUUCAACGUAAACAUAUUGUCCUGCUUGACACAUUGAGGCAGUUAGAGACAGAGAAAGUAGAACUGGAAACUACUGUAGUGGAUGAAACAAAGGAGCGUGAGUCCUAUUGUGGACAAGGGAAUGGAAGAUUCAGUGAUUUCUAUUCAAUCAUGUCUGAAGGCAGCGCAAGUGAUUCUGAUGCAGAUAAUGAAAGUCAAGAUGGAGUGGAUGUUGAAACCGAUGAGGAUGAUGGAAUAUUUUUUGAUACAACUGAUUUUUUGUCUUCAGAGUCUCUAAGAAGUGCUUCCUACCGCAGUAGGGAUUCCUUGGGAAAAGCCUGUAGUGCCUCAGCAUACGAUAGAAACUCUUUGUUUUAUGAUCGUAUGCAUGAUGAUGAUAUGGAGAUCAAGGCCAUUGAAUACCCCUAUGUCAAAAGAAGGGACAGAUUACCUGAACCCAAGGAAAAAGAGAAACCAGUUGGCCUAUGGUCAAUAAUUAAAGAAAAUAUUGGAAAAGACCUAUCUGGUGUUUGUCUCCCUGUUUACUUCAAUGAGCCACUUUCUUCAUUGCAAAAAUGCUUUGAAGAUCUGGAGUAUUCAUACUUGGUUGAUCGAGCACUGGAGUGGGGCAAACAGGGGAACAGCUUGAUGAGAAUUUUAAAUAUUGCAGCCUUUGCUGUAUCUGGAUAUGCUUCAACAGAAGGUCGGCAGUGCAAGCCUUUCAAUCCUCUACUAGGGGAAACAUAUGAGGCUGACUAUCCAGACAAAGGUCUCCGUUUCUUCUCUGAAAAGGUGAGUCACCACCCAAUGAUUGUUGCUUGUCAUUGUGAUGGGAGAGGCUGGAAAUUUUGGGCAGAUUCUAAUCUCAAAGGCAAGUUUUGGGGGCGCUCUAUCCAGCUUGAUCCUGUUGGAGUUCUGACCCUUCAGUUUGAAGAUGGAGAGACAUUCCAAUGGAGCAAAGUCACCACUUCUAUCUACAACAUCAUACUGGGUAAAAUCUACUGUGAUCAUUAUGGCACCAUGCGCAUCAAGGGUAGUGGAAAUUACUCCUGCAAGCUCAAGUUCAAAGAGCAGUCCAUAAUCGACCGAAAUCCACACCAGGUGCAAGGAUUUGUGCAGGAUAAUAGAACUGGAAACAAGGUCGCAAUGUUGGUUGGAAAAUGGGAUGAGGCAAUGUAUUAUGUGCUGGGAGAUCCUACUACAAAGCCAAAAGGGUAUGAUCCCAUGUCAGAAGCUGUGUUGUUAUGGGAACGAGACAAAUCAGUUACUCAAACUCGAUACAACCUCACACCUUUUGCAAUUACUUUGAAUGAAUUGACAACUGGCCUACUGGAGAAGCUGCCUCCAACUGAUUCCAGACUCAGGCCAGAUCAAAGGCUUUUGGAAAACGGGGAAUAUGAACUGGCAAAUGCAGAGAAGCUCAGACUUGAACAGCUACAAAGACAGGCAAGGAAGUUGCAGGAGAGAGGUUGGCAACCAAGAUGGUUCAGAAAGGACGAGGAUGGCUGUUACCGUUACAUAGGUGGGUAUUGGGAAGCCAGGGAGAAGAGGAAAUGGGAUGAGAUUCCAGAUAUUUUUGGACAGUGUAGCAAUGCAGCUUCUCCAUGUGCAGAGGAAAAGUAAGAGGAGGACACAUUGAUUGUUGUCAAAGUUCAUGUUUUCCAUUAGGUUCCUAUAUAUGUAUCUAUGAUCCUAGUUGAUUUUUCCUAGCUAGUUAAUUUAUUCUAUAAUAUAUAUACGUGGUAUCAAUUUUGAUUUUUCCCCAGGUUUGGGAGCAAUGUAUACUCCUGGCUAUCAAAAUUGAAAAAUGCCUUUUUUUUAAUACUAAAGUAAUUAAGAUAAACAGUUUACACGUGA